UGUAACAGCUGAGAGCCCCGGGGCGCUGUGACAAGCCGCAGCCGGAACGGUGAGCCCUUGUUUAUUUCAACGCGGAAGUAGUGACCUUUUAAAUUCAUUUUCCGCAGGUUGCUCGGUACAUGUUCUGUCGGAAUCAAUGCAAUGCAGAAGAAUAGAAGAGAUGGCAAUAAAAUAAGACCCCAUAUGCGGGGGGAGAGGUUGCAUGGCUCCUUAAAGCCGGGGACUGGGCGAGAAGCAGAAGCAGAAACCGAAGCCUUUCAUUAAAGGCAAAGCCUCGGGACUCAAUGGCCAAGCCGCUGCAUGGAUGCACAAGUCGGCAUUUUCUGCAAUGGAGCCAGCGGCGAUGAAUUGCAUCGGGUCCCCGGUUGCCUCUUGCAACGGGGACCCUCGGAGGCCGCCCUCGCAGCAGGCUCAGGAUGCUCCCGGCUUCUGGACGGCGGUGUUCGACUACGAGUCGACGGCGGACGAGGAGCUGACCCUUCGGCGGGGCGACGUGGUGGAGUUGCUGUCUCAGGACUCUACCGUGUCCGGGGACGAGGGCUGGUGGACGGGCAAGAUCAAGGACAAAGUCGGGGUGUUCCCUUGCAACUACGUGAGCAGCCGGGCUCAGCUCGGCCGGGGCUACCCUCCACCUCCGCUGGUCGACUUCCACGAGUUGUUGCUGGAGGAGAUCAUCGGCGUGGGAGGCUUCGGCAAGGUGUACAAGGGGCUGUGGCGGGGCGAGGAGGUGGCGGUCAAGGCGGCCAGGCAAGACCCGGACGAGGACAUCAGCGUGACCGCGGAGAACGUCCGCAAGGAGGGCCGGCUGUUUGGCAUGCUGAGGCACCCCAACAUCAUCCUGCUGAAGGGGCUGUGCCUGAAGGAGCCCAACCUGUGCCUGGUCAUGGAGUACGCCCGAGGGGGGGCUUUGAACCGAGCCCUCUCCCGGAGGAAGGUCACCCCUCACGUCUUGGUCAACUGGGCGGUGCAGAUAGCAAAGGGCAUGAACUACCUCCACAGCGAAGCCGUGGUCCCUGUGAUCCACCGGGACCUCAAAUCCAGCAACAUUUUGAUCCUGGAGCAGACCGAAGACGACGACCUCAGCAACAAGACGUUGAAGAUCACCGACUUCGGGCUGGCGCGGGAGUGGCACCGCACGACCAAGAUGAGCGCGGCCGGGACCUACGCCUGGAUGGCUCCCGAGGUCAUCAAGCUCUCCCUGUUCUCCAAGAGCAGCGAUGUGUGGAGUUUUGGGGUGCUGUUGUGGGAGUUGCUGACGGGAGAGGUGCCGUACCGUGAGAUCGACGGGCUGGCGGUGGCGUACGGCGUGGCGGUGAACAAACUCACGCUCCCCAUCCCGUCCACCUGCCCCGAGCCCUUUGUCAAGCUGAUGGAAGAUUGCUGGAACUCGGACGCUCACGGCCGCCCCUCGUUCGGGGAGAUCCUGGCGCAGCUGGUGGCCAUCGAGCAGUCGUCACUCUUCCAGAUGCCACUGGAGUCCUUCCACUCCCUGCAGGAGGACUGGAAGCUGGAGAUCCAGCAGAUGUUUGACGAGCUGCGGACCAAGGAGAAGGAGCUGCGCAGUUGGGAGGAGGAGCUGAGCCGGGCUGCAGUGCAGCAGCGUAACCAGGAGGAGGUGCUGCGUCGGCGGGAGCAGGAGCUGGCCGAGCGGGAGAUCGACAUUGUGGAGCGGGAGCUGCACAUCAUCAUGCGGCAGCUGCACCAGGAGAAGCCCCGCGUCAAGAAGCGCAAAGGCAACUUCAAGAGGAGCCGCUUGAAACUGCGAGAUGGCAACCGCAUCAGCCUGCCCUCCGGUUUCGAGCACAAGAUCACGGUGCAGGCCUCCCCCACCGUGGACAAGAGGAAGGGGCAGGGGCAGGGGCCCGACGGACUGAGCCCACCCUGCAGCCCCCUGGUCAUCCCCCGACUCAGGGCCAUUCGCCUGACUCCGGCUGAAGGCAGCCAGACCUGGGGCCGCAACGCCGUGUACAAGCGCGAGGAGUUCGAGGGCCACAAGAAGAAGGGCCGGACCUGGGGGCCCAGCUCGACUCAGCCCAAGGAGCGCCUGGGAGGGGAGGACAGGUUGAAGUGUCUGGGAGAUGGCAGCCGCUUCUGGUCGUCCAGCGCGCCGAGCCUGGGGAAAAGCCCGCGGCACCUGCCCAUCACCACGGGCUUUGCCAGCCUCACCCAGAUGGAUGGCCAGACGCCCAGCACAGGAGAGGGUUCGCUGGAGAGUGAGGGGAGCUCGGCGGAUGACAGCCCAGCGGCGCAGCACCCUGGCGCGGGUGGCGACACGCCCAGUCGCGGGGCCCACCGCCGGAGGAGGGACCUGGUUCUGCUGGGCUGUGCCAACGUGCUGUGCUCGGUGGCGCUGGGCUGGGACCUGCUGGAGGCGGGGAGGCAACGGGUGGCGCAGGAGGAGGAGAGGAGGAGGCACGAGGGGAUAUUCCAGUGGGGGGGCCGCGCCCGGCACGCCGGCAGUCCUCCGGGCCGCGCCCCUCCCCGCAAGGAGCCCUCCACCCUGCCCUCGCUGGAGGCCUCCCCCUCCGUCACCCUCCUCUCCCUCGCGUCCUUGCCCGACUGCAACUCCUCCACCCGCUCCCUCCUGAGGUCGGACAGGGACAGGGAGGAGGGGGGCGGUGGGGGGCACCAGGCCACCACCGUCGAACCACCGCCGCGCCGCGCCAACCCGCUGGUGGACCUGGCGGUGGAAAGCUUCAAGAAGGACCCCCGGCAGUCGCUCACCCCCACCCACAUCAGCGUCGCCUCCGCCACCAAACGAGGCCACAGGAGGAUCCCGUCAGACAGCGCCAUCCGCCAACAGCCCCAGGGACUACUGGCCCACAGGAGGACUCCGUCUGACGGCAGCCCCCAAAACAUGCCCAGCACCGGCCCCACCAAGGACUGCGGUGAGAUUCCGCGCCUGCCCGACCCGGCCUCCGUCCUGCCGCCAAUCCUGCGGCGAAGAGCGUCGGACAAGGACGCGGCGCUGGAGAGGCCCAAGACGCUGGAGUUUGCCCCCCGGCCCCGGCCUUCGGCAGGCAGGCCCCGCAUCGACCCCUGGCGCUUCGUCUCCCUCAGCCAGACCGUCAGCUCGUCGCCGGCCAGCAGCACCGGCACCCCCAGCAGCACCGGCACUGCCGACGAGCGGCUGGGCCUCUCCGUGUCCGUCGGGCGGGACACCGGCCGCAGCCUGCUGGACAUGGACAUCGAGGGCCAGACGGACGACGGCACCGUGCCCCUCUGCCGCGCCGACCUGGCCCCUCGCAAGGACUCCAUUUACAGCGUGGAGGAGGACCACAUGCGCUGAAGCCGCUAGGCCUCAAGCCUGUCGCCCCGGCAACGGGCCGGCACUCGGCCUUCGCCAGCAUCUGCUGCUCUGAUUGGACCGUUCAACAUUUCCCUGCCACCCUGGAUAAUGUAUCGUCCAAUCGCAGGGCUACAAACGGUCGCGCCUCAAGGUGAACAAAAUGGCGGCGAUUCGGCAAUAACAAGAGUAUCUUGGUACAAGAACCUCCCUAAUGCAGGUAACGUUGAGUGUCAAGUCUCCCUCUUAUCUGAACCAAGAGGUUUCAUUGAAUGGCUCCUCCCCUCAAUCAAACAGCUCAGAAAUACUGAGUCAAAGGAAGCAUCUCCAAUCUUCACGAGGAACGCCUCCAAUCUUCCCAAGGUUUUGCUUCUGGUCCUACUCGGAUUAAGCUUCCGCUUCAAGGGGCCCUAGAUCCCUCCUCAGAGAGACUCUGGUCCAGUUGACAUGGGCUAGAAGCUUUUCCUCCCAUUUUUCCUUGCACCCAAGGGGAAGAUGCUUGGUCUUCGAAUUUGGAUUUGGUCUUCAAACCACUGGGCCUGGACAUUACUGGAGGAUAUUUUAAUUUAGGAAACAUAGAAAAUAGGUGCAGGAGGAGGCCAUUUGGCCCCUCGAGCCAGCACCGCCAUUCAAUAUGAUCAUGGCUGAUCAUCCACAAUCAGUAACCCGUGCCUGCCUUCUCCCCACACCCCUUGAUUCCGCUAGCCCCUAGAGCUCUAUCUAAUAUUUAUUUUCAUUUGGAGAAACACUACUGAUUUAAACACUGCUGAUGUAACACCACAAAGUAGAUAUUGCAAUGGAAGGUGCAGAUAUGGGUUUCUGAAAUGCGUCUGAUAAAAGAGCCAUGUUAUUAAAUUAAUUUGUGAGUAAAUUUCACUGCACAUUUUUGAAGGUGCUGCCAUUUGAAAUGGAAACUACAUACACACCUUUAUAAACUCGACUCUCAUGUAGCAAUAUUUAUUUCAAUAGUUUACUUUAGUUUGGAGAUGUAACAUGGAUGUGGGACGUGUGCCCACUGAGUCCACACUGACCAUCGAUCACCCGUUCACACUAGUUCCAUGUUAUCUUCAC